GAAAAGAUACUUUUGAAAUAAAUUUUUCCCAAUGGGAGAUGAAGGAAAAAAAUAAAACCCUUGGCCUUGAGGCAUUCAUUUUCAGAAAUAAUUGGAAGCAUAAAAGCAAAGUUGAAGGACUACAGGAACAUCAAGAGGGAUACUUUAGUCAAAUACUAAUCACCUAUAAAAAAAUUCCCAUAUACAAAAACGGUAAAUCUCUUAUCCCACACCAAGGAAUUCAUAAGAAAACCUUUGUUUGUAAGGAAUGUGGGAAAGCUUGUAGCCAUGACUCAAAACUUGUCCAACAUGAGAGAACUCAUAUAGCUGCAAAACAUUUUGAAUGUAAAGAAUGUGGGAAGAAAUUUUUUAGUGCCUAUCAAUUUACUGUUCAUCAGAGAUUUCACACAGGUGAGAAGCCCUAUAAAUGUAAAGAGUGUGGGAAGACUUUUAGCUGGGGCUCCAGCCUUGUUAAACAUGAGAGAAUCCAUACUGGUGAGAAACCCUAUGCAUGUAAAGAAUGUGGGAAGGCUUUUAGUCAUGGUUUUCACCUUACCCAACAUCAGAAGAUUCAUAUUGGUGUGAAAUCUUACGAGUGUAAGGAAUGUAGAAAGGCCUUCUUUUGGAGCUCAAGCCUUGCUAAACAUGAAAUAAUUCAUACAGGUGAGAAACAUUAUGAAUGUAAAGAAUGUGGGAAGGCUUUUAGUCAUGGUUUUCACCUUACCCAACAUCAGAAGAUUCAUAUUGGUGUGAAAUCUUACGAGUGUAAGGAAUGUAGAAAGGCCUUCUUUUGGAGCUCAAGCCUUGCUAAACAUGAAAUAAUUCAUACAGGUGAGAAACAUUAUGAAUGUAAUGAAUGUGGGAAGGCUUUCAGUCGUGGUUAUCAACUAACUCAGCAUCAGAAAAUCCAUACUGGUAAAAAAACUUAUGAAUGUAAGGUAUGUGGACAGGCUUUCUGUUGGGGCUAUCAACUUACUCGACAUCAGAUAUUCCAUACUGGUGAGAAACCCUAUGGAUGUAAGGACUGUGGGAAGGGCUUUAAUUGUGGAUCAAGUCUUGUCCAACAUGAAAUAAUCCAUACUGGUGAGAAACCUUAUGAAUGCAAAGAAUGUGGGAAGGCCUUUAGCCGUGCCUAUUAUCUAACUCAACACCAGAAAAUCCAUACUGGUGAGAAACCUUUUGAAUGUAAAGAAUGUGGGAAGGCCUUUAGUUGGGGUUCAAGUCUUACUAAACAUGAAAGAGUCCAUACUGGUGAAAAAUCCUUUGGAUGCAAAGAAUGUGGAAAGGCUUUUAGCCAGGGCUAUCACCUUACUCAGCAUAAGAAAAUUCAUACUGGUGCAAAACCUUUUAAAUGUAAUGAAUGUGGGAAGGCCUUUAGUGGGGAUUCAAGCCUUAUUAAACAUGAAAGACUCCACACUGACAAAAAAGCCUAUGAAUGUGAACCAUGUGGGAAGACCUUUGGUAGUGUCUAUCAAUUAAGCAUUCAUCAGAGAUUUCAUACUGGUGAUAAAGAUCAUCCAUGUGAGGAAUUUUGGGACACCUUUAUUAAUGGUUCAAACUUUGAUCAUCUGUAGAGACUUGAUAGUAAUAAACCCUGUGGAUAUAAAGAAUGUGGGAAAGCCUUUAUAUGGACAACUUACUCAAGUGAGAAAAUUUAUGCUGAAGAAACAUUGUGAUGAAGAGAAAUGAAAGAACAUUUUUGUGUAUGGACAACUUACUCUUGAGAAAGCCUAUGAAUAUAAGGAAUGUGCAGUCUUUCCUGUGUAUGGAUAAUAGCAAAGAUAUACUAGUGAGAAGUAUUUUGAAUAUAAGGAAUAUGAAAGGACAUUUAGACUUCUGUGUGAUUUUAUCAAAUAUUGAGAUUAUAUAUAUAUGUAUAUAUAUAUAUGUAUAUAUAUGAAGCCAUUUAAAUAUAAGGAAUAUGUGAAGAUCUUUACCCAUGACAUGAGAGUUGAGCAAUAUCAGGUAACUUAUACUGGUUAAAAACGUAAGACAUAUGGGCUGGGGAUAUAGCUCAGUGGCACAAGUGCCUGCUUCACAAGUGCAAGGUCCUGAGUUUGAGUCCCGGUACCAAAAAAAAGUAAGAAAUAUAAAAAGGCAUGUAGAUGUUGUAAACAUCUUAGAGUAAAUCAGAAAGUUCAUCUGAAAGAGAAAUUUUGAAUCAGGAGAAUAGAAAUGCUUUUAAACAAAUACCACUCAAAUUAUUUUCUAGAGACUAGUACCAGUUCACAAAAUAUUCACCUGUCCCUUAUGAGAAAACUGCACACAAAUUUUUGGAAACUUAUACCACUUUGGUAGCCCAUGAAUGAUUAGAAAUUGAAAACAAAAAGUUCAUCCCUUUCCAGAAAUAAUUUUAGAGACAUCAUUCACACUUUUUAAAACUUGAGAGAAAUAAUAGGAUUUAAUUCAAAUAAGUAAUCCUUUGUUCUCUCUCUCUGAUGAGUAUAUAAGGAUGUGGAAAAUGGGAAUCACAAUUUUCUUAUGCCCAUGAUAACGAGAAUUUAUUCCAGAUGUCAAAUGUACAGAGGCCUACCAAAACCUUUCAAUCUUUGUUAUACUUUAGCAGAUUUGUCCUAGACAACCACCCUGUUAAUGUAACAAAACAGGAAAACCCCUAUACAUCACACACGUACUUGUUGCCAACGCACCUCCUUACUACUUGGGGGAUGCUAAACCAAAUGCCUACUCUCUUUUAUAUUUAUAUUAAGUGCUAAUGAUGAUAGUUAUCUUAUUAGAGCUGCUGUAGAGAUUGGAUGGGUUUAGUAUGUGCCAGAUCCAUUAAGGGGUAUCUGGUGUAGGUCUUAUGAUCAAUACAUAUUAAUAGUUGUGCUUUUACAUUAAUACUGUUCAUGACUUAGGGACAACCACUGGUGUAAUGAAUUUAGAAAACCCUCUCAUAACCAUUCACCCAUUUGGGAAAAAUUGGUAAAAUAAAAAUUUGACAGGAUUUUUAUAAGAUUUAUCUCUUAAAUUGCAUAAAAAGUAGAGGCUGAAAAAAAAAAGACUUUAAAGAGUUUAGGAAAAUGA